CUACAAAGGGCGUUUUGAGGAAGGAGUAGCCGAGUUCGACGAAACCAGCAAAUGGAAAGAUGAAACCGAUACGACUGAUUGCAGCAGCUUGCACCAACAUGGGUAUCGGUAAAGACGGGCAUCUUCCAUGGGACUUACCGAAAGAAUUUCAGUUUUUCCUCAACACUAUUUCAACUGUCUCGGCAUCAGGAAGAAAGAACCUGUUGAUUUGGGGAAAGGCGAGCUGGUUCUCUUGCCCUCAGCGCGUGUUCCCUAUUCCCAACACCAUCCACGUGGUUCUGAGCAGGUCAUUAAGCGGUGUGCCGGAGGGGGCCCAGCAUCUCUGUGGAGACUUCCCCAGUGCUGUGCAGCUGGCGUCCCAGAGGGAGCUGGCUGAACUGGUGGAGGCCAUCUGGGUCUUGGGGGGACCCUCCGUAUAUCAGGAAGCUUUGGAGCACCCCUGGUGUGACCUGGUCUACCUCACAGACAUCAUGGCGGAGUUUGACUGUGACGUCUUCUUCCCACGUUUUGACCAUAACGUGUUCAGGAAACAAGAUAGAUUUGUCGGAGUGCCAUCUGAGGUUCAAGAGGAAAAUGGUGUGAAGUUUAAAUUCCAAGUUUUCAAGAAGACCUUACCUGACCCUCUUUGACCAGAGCCAAACCCAAUAACGGCCUGGACUACAAUGAACUGCAAUGGACUACCAGAUGGGGGGGAAAGCCCUGCACGUCGGAGAGCUCUGUAAAGUCUUCAAAUUUACAGUAUAUCAGUGCUGUGAAAGGGGGAGAAUAGGAAAAUAUCAUUUUUAUUCGUCCCAAGGGAAAUUUGUCUUGGAAAAAAAACC